ACAAAGAAGUCGGCAGUCAGUGAGAAUAAGUCAUAGAACAACCGAAGACAUCGAUGGGUUGUUCUCAACUUUAGUUCUAGACGACGAAUUCAACUGAAUAACAUUCUCGAUAAAAUUCUCAGUUGUUAUUGAAAAACCAUAAAAUCUUUGAAACAUGGUUAAAACAACAUGUUACGUACAUACUGCUGUCUACAAUUAUAGCCACAAAUAUAGAAAUCUGGACAGAAUUCGAUCGGACGUCAAGCAGUUCCUGAAGGAGUACGAUCAGAUAACGCUGCACAAGGAUGUUUAUCGACGAAUUUUCCACUGGAACUUGCGCGAAAUUCGGGACAUGGCUAAGCAGCUGUUGAUCAAAUUUGAAGCGGCUCCGUUUGAAGAUGCGAGAACCAAAUCGGAUAAGCUGAUUUUUUGCUGCGGGUUGGGAUUUGAUAACGCCGCAGAUUUGAGGAGUCACUACAAAGCCGUUCACAACGAACCAUUUGUUCGUUAUAUGAAUACAUUAGAGCUCAAGUCGGCAAUGGCAAAAAUCAACCACAUGCGUCAUCUUUUCAAGGAAUAUAUAACUUUUGGUGAAAAAUAUUCCUUCGAUCUGAUCAUGGAUUUGAAGAAGAUGAUGAAAAUGAUUACAAAUACGUUAAAGUUUUAGAAUAAUAAAUUUACAUGUGAAAUUGUGAAA